AUGGUGAAAGCAGUCGUAGGCGAUGAGACGCAACUUAAAUUGGCCGAAAAUCGCCUCACUCGAUCUGCCAUCCCAUCUCAGGUGGGGCUUGUGAUUGGAAAGCUGAGUUCGAAGUUGGAUAAAGGAUUUGUGUAUGAUUUGGUGCCUACGCCGUCGAACGAUAAUGGAGAGCCUCCAUGUUCUCUUAUUGAUGGGGUUUUGGUUGGUAACAGUAAGAAGAGGGGGUCAUCCAGAACCAAGUCUCACCCUGAGUCCUCCACUCUCUUCAUAGACACUGAUUGGGUGUCCGAGCAUGCUCGUCAGGUCUCAAGAAUGCUGCUGGGUGGGAUGAAGGUUGUUGGCAUAUAUAUAUGGGUCAAUGAAAACUCUUUCAAGAAUUCAGCAAUAACCCUUUGCCAGACUGUGAAAGGAGUUGCAGAAGCAGCCUCCUUUGUGGAGAAUGAUUGGAAUGAGAGACUGCUCAUUCACAUUAGUUAUAGCCCCCUGAGGUGGACAUGUCGAAAUUGCUCACUGGCAGCAAAUAUUACUUCAAGCAGUUUACGACCUUGUGAUUUCAAGAUGGGAAAAGUUUUGAGUUCCCUCCAAACAUUCAGAUGCACGUACAACUUUGAUCUAAGAUUGCCAUUAGGGCAUGACGAUGGACAACAUAUUGGAAGAUUUGCUGAUGUUUUUCGUCAUGGAAUCAUGAUUCACGCCAAAGAGCUUAGAAGUUCAAAGGCUUUGAUUGAUGGUAAACUGGUGAUUCAGGAUGAACAGUAUGCAUCAUAUGAUUUUCAUGAAGUUGAAUUCCUUCUACCUCUCUUGCAAGACAAAUACGUAGAAGCAUGCAGCCAGAAAGACGUUUUCGGUGUUGUUCUCUUUAGUGGCUCCGUUUGUUCUCUUGCUUACUUGAAUUCGAAGGAACCUGUUUCACAAGCUUUGGCUGACAUAAAGGAAGACAUCAUAAAGAGUUUGCUGAGUAGAGUGGAAAUGCUAUGUGAUGAGGCUGACAGAGAGUCAGAAUCAAUCACUGAUAGUGGCAAGGACUCAAGCAGUCAGAUAUCAAUAAAGAAACCAGUUCCCCACCUUAACCCUGAAGCACAGAGAAAACAAUACAACAUUUCAUUUCCUCGAAGAGUUUUCAUUCCAUGGCUGGAGGGUACAUACAUUUGUGAUUACAUAGAGCCCUCCGAGACAGUUGAGGUUGUGAAAGAUAAUUGUGUUGACUUGAUGUCCAUGGAAGCCCCAACAGAUGCUUCUGAAAUUUUGGAGCCAGAAUACGAAGCCCCCCCUUUGAUAACUUCGUCCACCAAAUCCUUUUGGGACAUUGCAGCUCACGACUCUUCAGCAGCUAAACCAGAUAAUAUUGUCUCAAAGAGAAGUGGAGGGAGCAAAAACAGAAAAUCUGCUAAAUCAACUGAUUUAAACCCGAUGGUGGCUAUUUUGGUGGUGGUUCUUUCUAUCAUAGUGGGGUUAGUGUUGUUUCUUAUUAGGGCAACAUAA